CGCGGUGAGGCGGCGGUGGCGGCAGGGAGCUGCGCAGCGGCGGUAGCGCAGGGGCCAGAGCAGCCCCGACACGCAGCCCGGACAAGAUGUGGCGGCGCUGGGAAGCAGGAUGGGACGAGAAGAGGGAGCUGCAGGAGCUCAACUCCCGGCUGCGGGUCUUCGUGUCCCGAGUGCGGGAACUGGAGGAGGAGAACCGCUUUCUGGCGCGGGAGCUGGCGGAGCUGCGGGAGCAGGAGCUGAUCGGGCUGCGGGUGCCCGAGCAGGAGCUGGCCUGGCUGCGCAUGCAGCUGGAGGAGCUGAGCCAGGCGAAGCUGGAAGCGGAGCUGGAGCGGGACGGGCUGCGGCGGGAGCUGGAGCAGCUGCAGCUGCUGGGCGCCGAGGUGCUGGCGAUGCGGCGCCGCCUGGAGCCGGAGCUGGCCGGGCAGCGGCAGCUGCUGCAGCGGCUGCAGGGCGAGUGCGUAGCGCUGGAGGAGCUGCUGCUGCAGCUGCAGGACGAGCACGGGCACCUGGCGGAGCGGCAGCGGCGGGAGGCCGUGGAGAUACGAGAGCUGCGGAUGGACCUGGCCGCCUUGCCGCCCCCCUUGUCCGCCCUGAGCCUGGAGGAGCUGGAGGAGACCUACGAGAUGCUGCUUAGCCAGAGCUGCCAGGAGACCCUGCUGCGCUAUCAGGAGCAGAUCCAGAGGCUGCAAGAGCAGGAGGCGCAGCGGAGCCGAGAGAACCUGGAGCUCCUGCGGGAGGAGAGCCGCCAGUGCCGCCAGCACCUGGAGGACCUCCACCGCCAGGGCCAGGAGCUGUGCGGGCUCCGGGAGCGGCUGGAGCAGGAGCUGCUCGCCAUGCAGGACCGCCACGGCGCCGAUGUGGAGGAGUACCAGCGGAUAAUCGAUGCUCUAGAAGAAGAAAAGCAGUUCCUGACCAUGUCAAUCACAGAUUACCUGAAGGACUAUCAAGAACUACUGCAGGUGAAAGCAGGCCUCAUCCUUGAAAUUGAAACUUACAGGGCUUUGCUGGAAGGGGAAAGCAAGCAGUGGAUUAUUACGUGGAGAGAUCAGCUUAUAGGGAAAUUGCCUCAAGAUAUUAUAAACACUUCAUAUAACUACACUGAUAUUUACUCUACUUAUCAAGAAAGAAAUCAAAAUAAAACUUCACCAGCUAUCAGGAUCACUGAUACAAGGCACAGAAUACCAGCGACAAAUAUAAGCAGUUCUGCACGCUUUUCAGCUCAGUCAACACAGGCUGGAUCACAGGCAGCAGUGAGUGGAAAAGCUUUUGGAAAAGAUGUACUAGGUUCAAUAUAUCGCCCUUCAACAACUAUUAGAAAGGAUGAAAGAACUGUGACAGACCACAGAGAAUUAAGAGCGUAUACUCCAGGCUACAGUAGCUGGAAAAACACUGAAAUCCAGCAAAAGACAAUUCCAGAAAGAAAGAAAACAGAAGUUACAUCUUCAUCCACAAUAUCUUUUUCAAAACAAUCAACACAUGCUGAAAGAUCAGGUAAGGACAACAAAGCUGACACAAAGCCUAGGGCUUCUGAAAAUAUAAGAACAAAACCAAACUUCUCUAAAUUUCCAACUUAUGAGCUGAAUACCAAUUUAAAACCAUCUGUAUAUGAAGAAACCAUAACUGAAACUCAGACCACAGUAAAAGAAAAAAGAGGAGGCAGCAAACCAACCGAAGAAAGCAAAUCUCCAACAAAAGAAAAAGAUAAGUUAGAGAAAGAAACAAAGGAGGAGAAAAGGAGUGCAAAUGAGAAGACUUUUGUAGAAGAAAGAAGUGUUAAUUUUGGAAGGCAGACUGAUGCAAAAAUGGGGAUAGAGCAGAAAAAAUAUGUCCGGGAGGAAGUCGUUAACCAGAAGGUAGCAGGGAGUGAUAUUUCUAAUGCAAGAACUUUGAAAAGUGAAUCAAGCAAAAAAGAUACAGGUGUAUCCUUUGAAUCCAAAAGCAAAGAAGUCAUUGAGAUACCGAUCAGUCUUGAAAGACCUGCUCCUGAUAAAGUAUCUCAGAAGUAUGACAAAGAUGUAAGUUCACAAGAUUUUAAAACUUCCAUAGGAAGAGAGACAGGUGACCAUGUAACUAAGCCUGCUGAAAUUCACAAAGUCAGUGUUUCAGAAUCUAACCUGAGAGAUGAAGAGAAAAUUAGUGACAGAAGUCAUAAAAUGGAGACUCUGUCAACUGAAAGUAUAGCAGAGAACAUUGUUGCUGACAUUCUUAAAAGUUUUACACAGUCUCCCAGUUCACAAAUAUCAACAGACACAAAGGUAACCUAUUUCAAUAAGCAAGAACAACCCGAUGAUGGGAAAAUAAAGACAGAGGUGACAGUGCAGUCUCGAGUACAGGAAAACAUAGACCUUUCUGCUGAAGCUGACCGAGGAAGUCUUUCAAAUCAGGAUGUUAGAAAAGUGAUUCUAGAGGGUGUUGAGGGAACUCCUUCCAAACAGGAGAUAGAAGAAAUAGUACAUCAUGGCCUGAAAGGAAGUGAGGGUGCAAAGAAUAUGUCCGUUAAUGUUGAGAUUGUGGAGGAAACAGUAGAUUAUGUCACUGAUGAAAGGACUGAUUUUUCAACACCUUUUGAAGUAGAGGAAGUGGAAGACACAUUCCCUGAAAGAGAGAAGCGUUAUGGUGAUGAGGAACAAGACAUAACACUUACAUAUGAAGAUCUUAAAAAGAAGAAGCAACGCCAUGAAAGCUUCACUCAUGUGGAGGAAGUAACUGAGGAAGAUGACUCACCAGUUGAACAAAAAUAUUUUGUGUCUGUUCCUGAUGAUCAUCCUAUUAUUAAUGAAAAAGAUGAUGACUCAGUGUAUGGGCAAAUUCAUAUUGAAGAAGAAUCAACUAUCAAGUAUUCUUGGCAAGAUGAAUUUUUGCAAGGCACACAAAGUAAGAGGGAUGAAGGUGUAAGCUCUCCAGAAGAAACGUACAGAGUGGUAGGGGAGGAAGCAACUGCCCAUAUAUUAAAAGAAGAGCAUCCCAAAGCUGGAACGUCCCAUGUUGAAUCAGUUGUUAUUGAAAAAGAAAUUAAAAUACCCCAAGAAUUUCAGGCUUCAAUAAAGGGGCUUUUAUCAAAGGAAACCAAGGACCCUAAGAAUCAACUGAAGGAAGCUUUAGAGCAGUUGGAAGGCAGUCUCCCAGAAAGUGUAAAGGAGGAACUGUCUGCAUUAACGAAAGAAAAUCAAGCUGAUUCUAGUAGCUUAGAAUUUGAUAUCAAAAAAAUUCAUCAGACGGAAGAGGGAGGCUCGCUGACAAUUGUUGCUGAAGUCAAUCUAUCUCAGACCCUUAAUGCUGAUGAGUUUGAUGUAGCUCAGCUCGGUGAAGUAAUUGCACGUGAGAAGGAGAAGACAACAUCACACUCCUUGAAAAGAGACAGCGUGGAGAGAGUUGUUGAUGGUAAAAGCAGUACAGAAACAGAUGUUUCUGCACGCGGUGAUAUAUACACUCCUGUGGCUAAUCAAGAAGUCUACACGUCAUCCACAGUGAGGAGGAGUGGUAGCACAGGAUAUCAUACCACUGAAAAAGUCAUUUAUGAUGGCUCAACUUUGGAAACUGCAGAUUUUGGAGAAGUCUCUCAGUCACCAGAAUCAACUGAUGAGAGCAAAUCUGUAAGACAUAUUAGAGUUGGUCCAACCGAAGUCCAGAGGUUUGAGCAGAUUGUAUAUGAAGGGCCUGGUUCUGAAAUGCUGGGGAUCAGUGCUACAGAAGAUGUUGUUCAGACAGGGGGCUCGUCAGAGAUGAGCCAUUCUGUGAAGCAUUUUAAACUGGGUCCUAGAGAAAUCCAAACAACCGAAGAAGUGAUUUACAGAGGGCCUUUUACUACAGCUACAGAAGAGGUUGAUUCUGGAAAUCUUUCCCAGCAGACCUUUUCAUCAGACAUCAACAGGUCCACAAGGCAUGUUACAGUAGGAUCAAGGCAAGUAAUUGAAGAAGUGUCUUUUGAAGGGCUGGGCUCAGAUUCUCUGGAGCUCAAUAGCUCCGGGAAUCUCUCUCAGACAGAAGGGCCUGUGGAUGUCAGCAGAUCAGUAAGGCACUUUAGAUUACAUCCAAAAGAGAUUCACACCGAGCAAGUUAUCUUUGAAGGACCAAUCUCUGGUAAAGUAGAGGUCAGUGACACUAGAGACUUUUCACAGACAGAAAGUUCAGUAAGACACAUUCAGUUAGGUCCUAAGGAGUUUAUGACAGCUGAAAAAGUCAUCUACCAGGGCCCCAUCACUGAGCAUAUAGAAAUCAGUGAAGUGGGAGACCAAACCCAUUCAGAAAGCUCAGUAAAGCAUUUUAGGCUAGGUCAAACAGGAGUUACAACCACCGAGAGAAUCAUAUAUCAUGGCUCCCUGUCUGAAACUCCUGAGCUCAUUAACAAAGGACAUCUUUCAGAGAAUGAAGGAAGCUCAGAUAGCAGUAGAUCUUUCAGGCAUGUUACGAUAACUCCUGUAGAAACUCAAACUGAGCAAGUAAUCUUUCCAAGACCCAUUUCUGAAACGCUAGAAGAUCGUUCACAAACACGAGAGUCGUCUGAGAGCAGUAGCUCCAUGAAGCAUGUUAAAGUAGGAUCCAGUGAGACAUCAUUUACUUUUCAAAUGGAUGUUUCCAGUGUGGGUGGAGUAUCUACGGCGGAAAGUAAAGAACAAGCAACAAUGCUUAUAUCUAAUAAACAAGACCCUUCUGUUCAUCAGUCACAGUUUAGAGUUGAAAGUGACCACACUGGGGACAAUGAAAAUAAGAGAAGUUAUAUUCACUCCAGUUUUUCCCAAGAUCAUACUGAAAACAUAGUGGAGAAGUCGAGUUUUGAUAAAACUGUACAAUUGCAAAGAAUGGUAGACCAAAGGUCAGUUAUCUCUGAUGAAAAGAAAGUCGCAGUUCUCUAUCUGGACCAUGAGGAGGAAGAUGAUGAAGAGAAUGAUGGACAGUGGUUCUGAAAGGACACGUUAAUGAAGUCUACUUGGUAAUUUGUUUAUGCAGGUCCUUGAUUAUCCUGUUGUUUUUUUUUUUGAGAGAGAGAAUAAAAGGAACAGGGAGAUGUUCAAACAAUUUAGAUACUAACAGUGGACUGAGAAGUAUUGAAACCUUCUACCUAUUCAGUACACUUCUUACUUUAUUUGAAAUUGUAUUUUUGGGAGAAAUCAUGCUAUUAAUAUGUUUUUUUCCUCAGAGACCUGUUUCCAGAAACUUUAGAUUUUUCCACCUAUAGAGACAGAAACUUGCUACCGGCUAAUUCAGAGGAUUGUAUUUUUUUUUGUCUGUUUUAUAUCAGCUUAUUAACAAGUGUGUAUUUGAAUAGGAGUUUUCCAUUUUUUUAAAUACUGUAUUGUACUUGGUUACUAAAAUAUUCAGCAAUUCUAUUUAAAGCUACUAACCACAAAUAUAAGAGGUCAUAAGACUAAUGAGAGUGGUAGGUAGCUGAUUUUCUGUUCCAUUUCUGUGUAUUUAUAUGCAAUACCUAAUGAAAAUAUUUUAAGGAAAGAUACAGUUAUUACAGCUAUAAAAACUGAAUACAAUUCCUUAGGAUUUAACAAUGCACAGCAAGAACUGACAAAAAUACUAUUAUCUGUAUAGUUAGAAUGCAGUGCAAAAACAAAAAAGAAAGAGGUAACACUGAAGCAAGAAUUUCUUGCAAUAUUCACAGUGAGAAAUUGCAGAGUAGUACCUUUAAUAUCUUUUAAAAGAAAUCAAAUUUGAAAAAUAGGCUAGAUAGUACUUCCACCAGAGUGAGGAGAACUCCACAGCUUCAGUGUGUAUGCACAAUAACAACAGCAAGUUACUUUGCGGUAUAUUGCUUACCUUGACACUAGGUAUGGCUAACGGUGUGAAGUAUCGAACAUUACAUAAUGCAUAACUUCUUAACACAAUGGAAUUAGCUAAUAUUAGCUCUGUUCUGAAGAAAAUAUGUAAAAAUGAUAUAGAUUGUCUGUGAUCAUUUUGUGUCAGAUAAUUUCCCGAUACUUCUUGCUUUGUUUACAGAUGAGAAGAUGCUAGACCUGCAAACCUAACCAGAGAUUUCAAUUUUCCCAUUUAUUUCUUUUUUCUGGUUAUAAAACAUUACACUGGCCAAAGCUGGUUUCUGCCUAAACCAUUUGAAACUAUGUUAAUUUCACUUGAUUGCACAUUGGUUAAAUGAAGGGUAUAUAUCAGCUUUACAAUAAAAAUUCAGUGACUUCAAAGUCCAGGUCAGAAAUCAGAACUAGUUUCUGUACUAAACAAUGCAGUGCUAGCAGGAACAAAAAUAGCAGCUGAAACGUUUUUUUUUCCACCAGGGUAAGAAGAUACAAAACUGAACACAUAGAAGAAAUAAAAUAAACAAAUGAGAAGCUGCUAUAUUCACAUGUAUGCACACACACACGCACAUUCACUCACUCACUCUCCUGUACUUUCUCUGCAGAGUAGAAACACACAUGUAUCUGGAUGGCUGUAGUGUGCCAGCCUGGUAGUCUCUGACACAGAAUUAUUUUCCUGUGGUUCUAUAAGCAUAGUCUUGUGUGUGCUAACCCAGAUUAGAAUCCAGUUACAGUAUUUUAGUUCUGGCAUGGAUAUUCAAUUUUCAGACUCUUUUAAUAUUAACAGAAGCUAGAUUUUUCAAAACUGACUGCUACUUUAUAAUAUGAAUGUAAAUGCAAAGCUAAAGAGAAGUAACCUGCUGACUGACAUUCUGUUUCAGAUUUGGGACAGAUUAAUCAUUGUGUGCCUUAGUAACUAAGUUGGAAACUGUACAAAGUAUAUUAAAGCUAUUAUCAGUGUUCCAAAGAUUAACUCAGGAGGUUUGUCUGCAUUGCAAAUCUUUCUGUAUAUUUCCCUGAUUUUAUAUAAGUACAACAGUGUGACCAUCAGUGUUGAUUAGGAUUGGAUAUUUUUUUAAUUACAUACUAGCAAAUCAUUUGUUGAAAUCAGAAGUGUAACCAACAGCUGGGAGACAAAAGGAAACUGAGGUGUAGAAGCACCAAGGGCAUGUAUGCUGAGCUCAUCUGUACUGUUCACCAUGUAAUGGACAAUAAUAUUUUUCAAAUUUAUUCAUACAUGCUUAUAAAAGACCUUGUGCUUCCAUUUAUAAAUUGGGUGUUAUUAGUUGUCAUACUGUCAUCCUGUUUUUGUUUCCUUAGCUGACCAUCUGCUUUUUAAAAAUGGUGAUGUCUUUGUUUAUUUUAAUAAUCAUGUAUAAGACAGAAUUUUCCAGCUAGAUACUUAACUGCAAGCAUUCAAAUUCUGUACUUCAAGUAUUAUAUAACUGAAUAAAGAAAGGAGUCAGGUCUGUAAAAAGCAGCAGUAUUAAAAAAAAAAGUAAUUGGUGUUAAUUUUCUUAAAGUUUGAUUCUAACCUGAAACUUAAACAUUUUUUUCAAAUUAGAUCUAAGGAUAUCUGCGGAGAAUGUAUUUUGUAAUAAAUAAAAAGCUAUUUCCAAGGUUAAA